GAUAUGAGAGAACCUACCAAGGAGGGGGUGAUAGGAGAUCCAGUUAGGGACAAUACAGAAGGAAAACUACAGUGGCUUUAUGUGAUUCUAGUUUCUCUCUUCAGCUGUAUAAAUUGAGCCGUAUCGGCUAUGGUGUCGGCUCUGAGGAUUUGGAGAGACACCUGUCUUUAGCUUUGACUCACAUGCUGGGGUGACUAAGGCCUCGGCCAGGCCAAGUAGGAUGUACUGAGGAGCCAGCUGGAAACAAGGCAUGGAUGACACCUGCAGAACUUUCCCAGACAGGGUCUGCUCCACCAGGGGGAAGGCCUUCCUAUGCAACUCAAACAGGCCUGCCACCAACACCGACAGGGCUGCACAUGCAUGGCCUAGGACUCGAAGAGGAGGAGGAUAAAGAGAGCCAUGUGAGAAAGACAGGGUCACAGAAGGUCAAGGUGUCUUAAGCUCACCUUGGCAAGUGAUGUCUGGAGGUAAGAUGCCAACCUCUCCUGCCUCAGCCACCAAGGGUUUCAGCUCGACACCUCUUAAACUGAGCAGGGGAAGAGAUGUCCAUAGAUGCAUGAGUGUGGAGGACUAUGCAUCAUCUGACGAUGAUGACGACACGUACUCCCUCCUCUCUCCUAUCUACCACGACAGCUUUGAUAGCGAUGAAGACCAUUGUACUGCGGCUCCGCAUCCACAUGAGACAUUCACCUCACUAAAACAGACUGAGGACAUGAGAGUCACCACGUCACCAGUCAGAUGUGAGUUGCCAAAAACACUGGGUGAACGGGCACUGACUUCAGCCUUAGAACCAGCAGCUUCAUUAACACUUAGUGCAUGGGAGAUGUGGCUGGUGAACAAAGCCAAAGAUGAUCGUCUCAAACUGGAAAAAAAAGCUGAGGAGGAGCGCAUACUGAAGGAGAAAGAAGAACAGCAAGAGAGGGAGCAGGGAGAGAAGAAAACUAUUGUGGAGGAGAAGAUCCAAGAAUGGCUAAAGUUGAAGAGAAAACAGGACAAACAAGAGAGACAGAUUAAGCAUUGGAAAGAACAGGAGCAGAUACAGAGGCAGCAAGCAAAGCAGAGAGACACAGAGCAGAAAGCGCAGGAGAAGUACAGAGACUGGCUGCAGAAGAAGAAUCAAGAGAAACAGGAGAAGGAGAAGAGGGAGAAAGAGGAGGCUGCCAGGAAAGAGGAGCUGGAAAAAGAACGCCGGAAGAGGGCUCAAGAGAAGUUCAAGGAAUGGCUGGCAGGUGCCAAUGAGAAAAGCAAAGCUAGUCCCAAAUCACUGUAUCGCCCAAAAAGUCCUUAUGACAAGGCCUACCCUUCGCCCAGCUACUGCAACCCUAUCCCAUGGAAGCCUAUUCAUGUUCCUCCUCCAGAAACAACGCCAAAAACUACACCUGGGAGAAAACCACAGAGCCAGCCAAAAUACCCACAAAACCCCAGAGUUGCUUUUAGACUCGGAGACAUUGCAAGUGCCAGAAACUUGCUGCAGAGGAGAUGACCCAGGGGUAGACACAAUUCUUUGUUAAUAGAGACCAAUAACUGACACUUUUUGUAUUGCACCAAAGCAUCAUGUUACUUUAACAAGGUUAUGCUUCCAUCAAGACUCAGCGACACUGCUGCUGCUGACUUUGGACUCUUACUGAUCAUAGCAGGGUUUUACUGUGUUAUGGCUGGAAUGAAGACAUGCUGCAAUGUCUAGAUAUAAUUGGUUGUUCUGUAUCUGGUGAGUGUAUAUAAUGACAUGAUAUAAUUAGUUCUAAAUUUGUGUCUGUAUAUUAGGGUUUUCAAGCAUAAGGUUUUAGAAUUUUACAUGGUUUCUUAAUUCCUUAUGUUUGUUGUUGGUUAAAUCAACUUUCAUUAUAGCAGAGUUCUGUCCACCAUUUUACAUGGUCAUAUGCCAAUAAAACCUUUCUGUAUUUUUACUAAAUAACUGA